AUUGCGUUGUACUUUAUGAAUCCCUAAUCUCUGCCGUUACAUACUAUGAAACAAGAAAGGUAAAAAAGAAAAAACAGAGCAAUGUAUUACAAUACACUAUUAGACGUUAUUGUAUCAAAUAAAACAAAGUCCAUCCCAUGUGCUAGUGAACUUAAAAAAAUAUUUUAGGGAGGAAAUGGCAGGAAAAUAGUUUUGAAAUUUAGAUAUUUUUCUGGGGGGGGCCACCCCAGACCCGUGGAAGAUUUGGUCCCCCCCAAUGUUGACUCCAUGGCUACGGCCUUGCAUUGACGUGCUAGUUUCUCUACCCCCCCCCCCUCUCUCUAUUUAAGGCCUCAACACAGAGGCGUUGUUUCUCUGUGUGCCUAUGUGUGUCUCUCUCUGUGUGUCUAUGUGUCAUCUCUCUCUGUGUGUCUAUGUGUGUCUCUCUCUCUGUGUGUCUCUCUGUCAUCUCUCUCUGUGUGUCUGUGUGUGUCUCUCUCUGUGUGUCUAUGUGUGUGUGUCUCUCUCUCUGUGUCUUUCUGUCAUCUCUCUCUGUGUGUCUAUGUCUCUCUCUCUGUGUGUCUAUGUGUCUCUCUCUGUGUGUCUUUGUGUCAUCUCUCUCUGUUUAUGUGUCUGUCUAUGUGUCUCCGUGUCUCUCUCUCAAAUUGAGCAAUCUUUGGAAGAACGUUAUCAACCAGGCCACGCUCGCUUGAGCUGCUGUACCGCUCUUGUUUUCAGAAGCGACCUGCCCACAACAACAACAAGCUGUCGCUGCCUCUACAGAAGUGGUCUCAUGGAGCAAAGGCACUUGGCGUGGCUCGGUGCAAAAAGGCAACAAUGCGACCGGUGUGCAUACAGCACGGAUCAUCCUGCACAUUUCACACGGCACCAGAGAACUCACACAGGAGAGAGACCCUUCAAGUGCAGUGUGUGUGGGAAGGCGUUUGCACUUUCAUCUACUCUUGUAAAACACCAGAGAACACACACGGGAGAGAAACCCUUCAAGUGCAGUGUGUGUGGGAAGGUGUUUGCAUGUUCAGCUCAUCUUGUAACACACCAGAGAACACACACGGGAGAGAAACCCUUCAAGUGCAGUGUGUGUGAGAAGGCGUUUGCACAGUCAUCUACUCUUGUAGUACACCAGAGAACUCACACAGGAGAGAAACCCUUCAAGUGCAGUGUGUGUGGGAAGACGUUUUCACAGUUAUCUGCUCUUAUAAAACACCAGAGAACACACACGGGAGAGAAACCCUUCAAGUGCACUUUGUGUGGGAAGGCGUUUUCAGAUUCAUCUGGUCUUGUAAAACACCAGAGAUCCCACACGGGAGAGAAACCCUUCAAGUGCAGUGUGUGUGGGAAGGCGUUUUCACGUUCAUCUGAUCUUAAAAUACACCAGAGAACACACACGGGAGAGAAACCCUUCAGGUGCACUUCGUGCAGGAAGGCGUUUGCACAGUCAUCACAUCUUCAUGUACACCAGAGAACACACAAGUGUCAGAAAAUCCACCAGGAGCAACAAUGCGACCGGUGUGCAUACAGCACGGAUCAUCCUGCACAUUUCACACGGCACCAGAGAACUCACACAGGAGAGAGACCCUUCAAGUGCAGUGUGUGUGGGAAGGCGUUUGCACUUUCAUCUACUCUUGUAAAACACCAGAGAACACACACGGGAGAGAAACCCUUCAAGUGCAGUGUGUGUGGGAAGGUGUUUGCAUGUUCAGCUCAUCUUGUAACACACCAGAGAACACACACGGGAGAGAAACCCUUCAAGUGCAGUGUGUGUGAGAAGGCGUUUGCACAGUCAUCUACUCUUGUAGUACACCAGAGAACUCACACAGGAGAGAAACCCUUCAAGUGCAGUGUGUGUGGGAAGACGUUUUCACAGUUAUCUGCUCUUAUAAAACACCAGAGAACACACACGGGAGAGAAACCCUUCAAGUGCACUUUGUGUGGGAAGGCGUUUUCAGAUUCAUCUGGUCUUGUAAAACACCAGAGAUCCCACACGGGAGAGAAACCCUUCAAGUGCAGUGUGUGUGGGAAGGCGUUUUCACGUUCAUCUGAUCUUAAAAUACACCAGAGAACACACACGGGAGAGAAACCCUUCAGGUGCACUUCGUGCAGGAAGGCGUUUGCACAGUCAUCACAUCUUCAUGUACACCAGAGAACACACAAGUGUCAGAAAAUCCACCAGGAGUGGAGUUUGAAAUCAGCUUGUGAAAGUCAAAGUGCCGCAAUGAGCCCAUCCCUCAUGAAAGAAGAACCGGAAGAAAAUCCCAGCUUGGACACUUUUGAAGGUGUCAAGGUGAAAUAUGAAGACGUGAUGGUGAAGAGCGAAGAAGUGAAGGUAAAAUGUGAAGAUUCAACUCCCAAAUCGGACCUUCACAUCGAUGGAGGCAACGUGAAGCAGGAGGAGAAUUCUGACUGUGAGGCAGAGCGAGACAACUCCCAGCAGUUUGUGGAAGUGGAAGUGUGGGUGGACUUCCUCCGAGACAAUACAAAGUCAAAUGGAGACCCGGGAGAUGCGUAAGCCUUAGAACAGUGGUUCUUAACCUGGGUUCGAUCGAACCCCAGGGGUUCGGUGAGUCAGUCUCAGGGGUUCGGCGGAGGUUAAGACACACACCUGACUCGUAUGAUUGUGCACCAGUAAAACAUGUACCUAUGUUUUGAAUUUGAAAAAAUAAUUUUAUUUUUCCAAUUAAAAAGGGUUCUGUGAAUGCGCAUAUGAAACUGGUGGGGUUCAGUACCUCCAACAAGGUUAAGAACCACUGCCUUAGACGAUGCCGCUCCAAUAGAUGCACCUUUGUCACAAGCCUUUAAUGACAAGAAUGUGAAGUUGAACACUCAGUUCCUAGGUUCAACCUGCAGGGUAAGAGCGGCCAGUCUUUGUGGACCUGUGUGUUGGGUAGAUCUCUAACCAGGAGCGAAUGCCAAUAAGCUCCCAAGCAUUCUCUAUGUUCUCAUAUGCAUUUAUAUUGUGCUUGCUUAAUUGCCUCGACAAUUCGUAGUUUUGUAUCGUUUCUCGUCUCAAACACUCGAAGAGCAUCUCCAAGUAGCAGCUGCCCCUGUGUGGCACAAGGUGGUGGCCCUGCACCGGCCUGCAUGUGGACAAGAGCCUGUCAGUAGGGGGCGAUGGUUGAUGUGGCAUCUCAGUUGUGGAGUUUGUAGGUAAUGUUUAGAAUUUGAUAAAUUUUGACCCAGAUGCCAGCAUGCAAUGGCCGACUCGUUUUGAAUGGUGCAUUAGUAUGUUGUACAUACACUGUUAAGCAGACGGUGCGUAUUUUUUUUCAUUAGCUUCUUGUUAAUAGGAUGUAACCUAAUGCAGUAUAUUUCAGUGCAGUCAUUCAAUUUUGUUAACAUGCCUGUCAAUAAGUUAGAAUGAAUACUUGUAUGAUGGUGUGCGUACAUGUACCAUUUUGUCUAUAAGAGUCAAACAUUGAAUAAGUCUUGUUAGGACAAAGUGUGUGUUUUGGAAGUAACCUGUACAGAUCACUCAGGUGAGACUCAUUGUUCUUGUGGUACAGGUCAAAGGGUACUUUUGUGUUUUCAGCAAGCGUCUGCCUCUGGAGCAACUCAUUGUCUUUGAAAUAGGGAGAACACUCGGAUCAUUCAUCUGUUACAAGGCAUACCACUCAAAAGUUACACGUAGAGGAGAUACAUUCUCGACAACACGAAUUAUAAUUUUGUAUUACGUGUUGACGUAGAUAUUGUCGAAUUAGGACGAGAAAUGGUCCUUGCCGAUUAACGUCUGGAUGUUCACCACCAUGGGGUGAAGCAAGCCUGACCGCCUGCGGUGCCCCCCACAACCAUUUACGGCCUUGGGCCAGGAAAGUCACGAAGAAAAUUCACACGAACGACGCAUUCACGCAAGCACCCGAUGCUCCCUUUUGAAGUUUUAAAAUGAAACAACUUUGAAUUGUAUUAUGUUUUGAAUUGUGUUUCUUAAAUAAAAGCUGAUAUCAUUUUCCAUCUGGAAGACUUAA